ACCACCCCUGUAAUCUUUCAAUAAAAGAACAUCUCUGCCUUUCACUUUGUGUUAACAUGGAUAUCAAUGCCUUCGCCGCUUUGAAGAAGCAAAAAACAAAGGGUCCGGAUAAGAAGGAGCCCAGCAAGCAGAAGCCCCUCAGGGAGUUUUUGAAGAAGAAUGGUGAUCCUUUAGGGGAUGCUGCCAAGAGGAAGGCAACAGGCAAGGGUCCAGUCCCCGAGGGAAAGAGGCCAAAAAAGGGGGAUGCCGGGAAGAAGGCUCCCCCGGUGCUGAUCGUGGAUGAGCACUCCACCUUCCAGCCAUAAGUUCUGGUGGCCACUACUGCCUCCAACCUUCCCUCGGCACAGGGGGGUGAAGUAGGCUUGCCCCGGGAGGACAUACAGUUCUCCCUGCUGAAGGGGGCUGCCAUUACACAUGGCACUGUGGACCCUCGGGAGUUUCUGAGCGGGGAUACUCCUUCGCUUGAUAGGAAAGCCCUCAGCAAGCUUGAUGAUGAGACCCUCGAGUCAAAGAUCCUCCGGUCCUCCCUCACUGCCUGCAUAGCCCUCGGUGAACAUUCUAGGAGGUUUGAUGAAUGGCACCUCCAGAAGGCGCAACAGGAUGAAGCCAUGAAGAAGCUCAUCCAUGAUAACGCUGAGGCCGUGAGGCAGAUGGCUAGACUGGAGGGGGAGCUGCAGCAGGCGAAGGCCGAGGCAGAGAGAGCUGCCAAGGAGAAAUCUGAAGGCGAGAGGGCCGCUGCUGAGGCCGCGAAGAAGGCUGCUGAGGAGGCCGAGGCCGCCAAGGCGGAAGCUAUCGCCAGUGCUGUUGCUGCCUUCAUCUCCGAGGGGUGGAGGGUCGAAGGCCACAAGGACUGGGUGGCUUCGGUAGUGGAGGCAUCCGCCGAUGAGUGGGUGAAAGGCCCCAGGGCGAUGUGGCUAUCUCGGAAGGGCGAGGACUAUUAUGCUGGGGGAGAGUUCUUUACCCAGGCCCUCAUCUAUAGAAGGAUAGAAGGCUGGCCCGACAUUUGAAGAUUGAGCCGAAAGAUUUUGAUCCGGCGGCAUAUGGUCUUCCCCCCCUCCAACCUAACAUCAGAGUCCCCCUCCCUGCAGAUGUCGAGAGUGCAGACUUAGAGGAUUCUGAGAUGCUGAAGGAGGUCGGGGAUGAAGAGGAAGGGGCCGAAGGGGAUGCCACUUUGAAGCCUGUCGAGGGGGUGCUGCUGCAGCUUAUGAUAACCCCGCCCUUGUAUAAACUUUGAAUAAAUCUUGUGAUGUACAUGUACAAUCCUUCGACUUCGGCCUUUAUGUAUAACAAUUUGUUUUUCCAUUUCGUUAAUGAAUACCUUCUUCUCUUUGUCUGCU